AUGGCGGGCUCCCCAGUCAAGCUGACCAAGUCUCUUACUGAAGGGGAAACAGCCAGGCGCUGUCUGCCGGGCAUUCAGCGCCCAGAAGACCUGGCCAGCCCCUUUGAUGUCGCUGCUUCCCCUGGCCACUUCACGGAGGCUCGAGAAGCUGGGGCGGAGGGGCUCCAGCUCUGCCCCAGGCCUGGCAGGAAGCACUGCGUGAACAAGCAAGUUUCUUACACCAGGCAGAGCAAGGUCUAUGUCCAUAAGCCGUUAAGUGCUGCUUGCAGGGACCCACCAGACAGCGCCACUGUGCUCCACAAUUCUGGUCACCUUACUGGAGAAAAACGGCCUGGUUUGUUUCAGACUUUAGCAUUGGUCCUAAAACUUUGUAUGAUGCCUUUUGAAGAAUUCAGUGAUUUGGUCAGAGGCUUCUGGGAUGCCAUCAAUGGCAACCCAUCUUGGCAUCUGGUGGACAGCCCCAUGGAGAGUGGAGCUCCUGGCCAUAACAGGAGUUUGGAUGCCCCAGAGGCGAUCCCCAUGGCAGCAGUGAAGCAAGUGCUGAGGGAGGCAGGUGAAAAGUCUGAACUGCGGUACCAGCAGGCAUUCAGUGACAUGGCGUCCAAGCUCCACCUCACCCUGGAGACAGCACAUCAGACCUUUGAACAGGCAGUGAAUGAACUCUUCCGGGAUGAGGUAAGCUGGGGUCGCAUUGUGGCCUUUUUCUCCUUUGGAGGAACACUGUGUGUGGAAAACAUAGACAAGGAGAUGCAGGCACUGGUGAGUCAGAUCCCAAGUUGGAUGGCCACUUACCUGAUUGAUCACCUAGAGACUUGGAUCCAGGACAACGGUGGCUGGGACACUUUUGUGGAACUCCAUGGGAACAAUGUGGCAGUGAAUAGCUGGAAGGGCCAGGAGCACUUCAACCUUUGUUUCCUGAUGGGCAUGAUUGUGGCUGGCGUGGUUCUGCUGGGCUGGCUGUUCAGUCGGAGAUGA